UGACCCGGCCCGGGUCCAGUUGGCGCGGUCGGUGUCCUCGGGAUGAGAUAAGGGGUUUCCCAGGAUUAGAUAGGGCCUCUGGGGGUGCUUUGGGGAAUCUUUGUAGUGAUAUCUGGGAUCCAGACAUGGGAAUAGGGGUCCUUGUUAUUAGAACUGGGGUUCUGGAGUGAUAUUGGGGGCGAUCUCUGAAGAACUAGGUUUGCGAGCUUGAGAGGCUUGGGCUGAAAUUUGGGAGUCUCAGAAGUGACACGGAUGUUAGGGUCCAGAAAGCAUGAGAUAUUGAGGGCGGACGUUUGAAGAGAUAGGAUCGGAGUUCGUUGCAGGACUGCUAUGGCCUUCCCCACCCCCAUUCCUGGGCUGCUGUCCCUGGAUCUCUGAUGGAUUGGUAGUGACCCUGGCCUUGAGCAGGCUCACAGGGUUUGAAGGCCACAGGGCAAAGGUAAACCUCUGAGCCCCCUGGUGCCUCCAUCCCAGGCCUGCAAGAUGGAGGAAGGCGGGAACCCAGGAAGCCUGAUUAAGGUGGUCCAUCUCCUCGUCUUGUCAGGUGCCUGGGGUAUGCAAAUGUGGGUGACCUUCGUCUCAGGCUUCCUGCUUUUCCGAGGCCUUCCACGACAUACUUUUGGCCUCGUGCAGAGCAAGCUCUUCCCUUUCUACUUUCACAUCUGCAUGGGCUGUGCCUUCAUUAACCUCUGCAUCUCGGCUGCACAGCACACCUGGGCUCAGCUCACAUUCUGGGAGUCCAGCCAGCUUGGCCUGCUAGUCCUGAGCCUCACUCUGGCCGCCAUCAACGCUCGCUGGCUGGAACCUCGCACCACGGCCACCAUGUGGGUGCUGCAGACUGUGGAAAAGGAGCGGGGCCUGGGCAGCGAGGUGCCAGGCAGCCAGCAGGGCUCUGACUCCUACCGCCAGCUCCGGAUGCAGGACCCCAAAUACAGUGCCCUCCGCCAGAUCUUCUUCCGCUAUCAUGGCCUGUCCUCCCUUUGCAAUCUGGCCUGCCUCUUGAGCAAUGGGCUCUGUCUCGCAGGCCUUGCCUUGGGCCUCAGGAACCUGUAGGACCCACUGCCUCUCUGUCCCUACUGGGGGCCCAGAUGUCAAUAAAUGCUUCUUUGGAAA